CACAAUUCAAGAUGGCGGUUCAAAGAGUUUGUAAACUUAUAUUAAUUGUCUUUCCAUUUUCCUUCAUCCUUUUCACAUAUUAUCUCAUCAUCUCUGCUAAAAAAGAUGCCCAGAAGAAUCUCACUCUCAAAAUUAACUCUCUGGCUCGCCAAAGAUUUCAAAAAUGCCCUUUAAAUCAUCAUAACUUUAAUGGAAUUUCUGUGAAAUGUCCGGAGAGAGAAUUCAUCCUUGAAGGAUGGUUAUCUUGUAUGUCAUGGCUAAACUGUGAUAAUAUUGCUCUCGAUGUGAGGAUAAGACACCGAAUAGGCAAACCAGGAACACUGAAUGCUGUAAAAGAGGUUUACAAAGCAGAUUGGUUUGGAUAUGAUGUGGUUUAUUCACGAUGUGCUCAUGAUAUGUUCGCUGAGGACUGUCUUCAUGGAAUCAAGAUGGUCGAAGGAUUGCAAGGCAGUCAAUAUGUUAUACAACUGAUUGGUAUUUGUUAUGAGAACCUCGAGAUGGUGACUGCAUAUCAUCCAUAUGGUUCAGCUGACAAUCUGGAAGAGCUGCUUAAUCAACCAGAACUUAACAAGUACAACACCUUAAGCACAAGAUUUCAACUGAGUAUGGACUAUGUAUCAAUACUUAACUUCCUACACAAUAGUCCCCUUGGAAUAAGAGUCAUGUGUGAUACUAAUGAUAUUCAAAAAACACUUUCUCAGUACUUAAUAUCAAAGGAUUUUCAUUUGAUUCUCAACGAUGUUGAUGCUCUUCCAGAAGUCAAGCAUGACGAACGAAAGUUAAUAAAAUGUGGGAAGAGAGAGAUAACUGGAAGCUUCGUUGCACCUGAGCAAUUAUGGCCUUUUAAGGAGAGAGAGUUCAAUGACAAGGACAUGCCUGGCUACGAUGAAAAGAUUGAUAUUUGGAGAAUUCCUAGUGUGACAGACAGACUACUUGGGAGAGUACCAAAUAGCAAUGAAGUUAGAAAACUUUUGUUACAAUUGCAUGAACAUUGCAGAAGAGAGAAUCCUCAAUCAAGACCAACUGCUGCAAAGGUCUUGCAAGAAUAUAAAGAUAUUGCAAAUUUUGUUAACUUGGAGACUGUUAAAGAAUAGUAUUUUUUGAAAAAAAUGCAAAGAAUUAAUUAAUUAAAAAAAGAUUUCAGCCGAAUAUUAAGCUUUUCUGGCUGACAGCACAUAGUGGUCAGUGUUUGACCACCAUUUGGAGCAGAUAAUGAGAUUCAAAAACUUUCAUAAGCUGGUUGAAACCCACUUAAAUGAACAAUUAGUACCAACACCUCACUCUCCCAGGGUUCGUGCUACAUUUUCGUUUCAAAAUUCGAGGACUUUUUAAGCACUUUUCAGGCACAAAAAUUCGAUUUUCAAGGACAAAGUUUUUUGUAUUAGAACGUGGUUUAAACAUUGAUUCAAUGUUACAGUGCAGCUAAUUCAGCCGGGGCCACUAGCUUGAUAAAUAACGAUCAUGAUGCACGCAACAGUAAACAAGCAACCAGAAACUCUUCAAUCAAUUUUAGUUGUUAUUUAUUUUAAAAGGAAAGUUAGAAAUAGCAUUAGUUUGCAUUAAUAUCAAGGAGUAUUCCAGGAGUUUUGGCAUUUUUCCCUAUUUCCAAGGGCUUUUCAAGCGCCCUUAAAAACGUGUUUUCAAUUCAAGGACUUUUCAAGGAGUAGCACGAACCCUGCUCUCUCUGCCCAGCCUUGUUUAUGUCACUUCAACAAAAGAAUAUUUGUUUACGAUAGAUGAAUUAAGGAAAGUAUUUUGAAAAGAUGAACUACAGUAAGCCUAGUUGAGAAUGUGAAAACUAAAAAAUUUAAAACCUCUUAAAAAAUAAUGUAAUGGCAAAAAUGUUUUGCUGCUAUUUGCAAAAAUAUGGGAACUCUGUAGUUAGAAGAGAUAACUAGCUAAAAACUAGUGUGAGCUGUGUUGGUGUUUCUAAUGAAACAGUGAUGAUAAAAGGAUAAAUUUUACACUGUGUAAAGAUGAUGUUUUGGACACUAGUCCUUCGUCGGAGUACAGUAGUUGCAAUUUGCCCAUUGGAAUUUGGUUUUUCUCUGCUGACAGUCAAAAAUAUGAAAGUACCGACUGAUUAGGUUUGAUUGAGGGCAGCAAAAAAAAACAAAUUUUGUUUUUGUGCAGCUCGAAGCUACCAAGUUUGCAGAAAUGUUUCCCAUUAAAAAACAUCAAACAAGUCCAGAUCUCACAAACAGAAAUCCCGUAAACGAAAACAAGCAUCAAUACUACUGUAAAAAAUCACAAAACAACAACAAAAAGAUUUCCUAUAGAACAAAAUAGAACUAGCAAAGGGACUGUUCACUAUAUGUUGAGUAGAUAUUCCUGCAAUUUUCAUAAACAAGUGAAUUCUGUGUCUGUGAGCUGCACAGAGUUGGCGUGUUUAUGAAAAUUCCAGUAAUGGGGCCUUGAAAUUUUGGUGACUCUGAAAAGUGGGGUCUUGAAAAUGUUGAAAAUAAAAGAGUUGCCUAAAAUUGGGCAUACUAAUGGUGGUUGGAGAAAGAAAAUUAUCAUCCGCACCCCCUUUCCCCCUACUCCCUCCGAUAAAUAAUGAACAGUCUCUGAUAGGCCACGUUCAAGAUAUUAAAAUUCUACCAUAGGCUAUCUGGGAUAAAAUGUUGAAAAUUGCAUUUAGACUUAUUAUUAUUAUUAUUAUUAUUAUUAUUAUUAUUAUUAUUAUACAGCU